UUGAGGUCGGAAGCCGAUGGCGCACGGCACGCGAGCUUUCGCGGCAGUCACGACACCGCGGCGGGAGGCUACGGUCGGCUACGGUCGGCUACGAGACGCUACGGCCUCGUAAUGUUGUGCACGCUAGCUCUUUUCGUACUAUUCGCCUCGGCCCAAGGACGAGCGGUCAACAUCAGCAACACCUGGGUACUACCCGAGGAGGGAUUCCCAGUGUUCUACCGCUACUUCAGGGACCGCAUCUCCUGGUACGAGGCUGAUGCUGUAUGCCAAUUUCAUCAUGCUAAUCUAGUAACUGUGGACACAACAGCUCAAUACGACGCAGUGCGAGCAUACCUCAAGGAGUUGGAUAUAUCUAGCGCUGUGUGGGUCGGUCUCAUCCGAAGUAAUCCCGAUGGGGACUUUACGUGGACCGACUAUCGAGGGUUAAGCAGUGAUGGAUAUUGGAGUUCUGCGCCUGAUCCAAGGGCAGCUCCGCUGUGUGCCGCUGCGGACCCUGUCGCUGAUUACCGUUGGGAGGCAAGAGCCUGUGGUGGACCCACUGUGGCAUCCUUCAUCUGUGAAUUACCUGUACCACAAUGGGCGCUCGGAAAUGAAGGUUGUAUGAUACGAGCCCUGCCAGCGCUCACCAUUCUAUAUUUACCUGAGAGUGCGUCUGUUCAGCUAACCGCAGACUGUGGGAUGGCCGGUGUAAAACGAGUUCAGUGUACAGGAAAUGUGAAACGCGAAGAUUUGUUAAAAGAUCUAUCAUGUGCUGAGGAAGAAGAACAAUCUACUACUUCUAAUGUAAUUACUACAAGUGUUACCUGGCCCGUGACUACUGAUACAUCAUCCACAGAUCAAGAUAUAAUUACAGAAUUAACAACAGAAGAAACUAUUACUACUGAACAUGAAGAUGAUAUAAAUCAAGUAGAUAUGAAAUCAUCGGCAAUUCCGUAUAAUCUUCAUUUAGAAACUGGUAGUAAAAUUCUACAAAAGCCAGUUGUCAAUAAAGUGAGUCAAGUUAUCCUUAAUAAAAAUAUCAACUUAGAGGCAAUGCACAGUAAUAACUUGCAAAGUAACGAGAUCCCAAAGAUUGCUUCUCAUGACAGUUAUUUGAAUAACGAUGAAAAUGAGAAAAUGGAGGAUGAAAAAAAUAAACAGCAUAAAAUUUUCCAUGACGAAAUUGCUCGACUUGGCAACUUUGAAACAAUAUUUACUCAACCUACCGAUCAUUUUGUUCCUCCAUUAGUAAUGGCAAGAUCUAAGAUAAGUGAUGAUAUGACCGUUUUGUCUUUAGAAGAAAAACAUGCACAACAACUAGCAGAGCAAACAUUUGGAAAAUAUAAGACACAACCCGAUGACAUUAAUCAUUCUCAAAUCAAUUAUAGUACUAGCAGAAGUCCAACAGAGUAUACCAGUAAAUUUACAGCUACAGAUAUGCCAUUAAUAAUGACUAUGAAUCCUAUAAAAAUAAAGGAUACAAUAAAAAAGGAACCUAAAAACAGUGUACCUAAAAAGUAUAUUGACAAACAAUAUGACUUAAAAAGUAAAUUAUAUAAAGUAAUAGAUACCAAACAACAUAAGAUAGCAAAGUCAACAGAAAUAACUUCUAUUCAAACUGAAAGUACAGUCCAAAAUACGGAAACAACAACUAAAGUAGCAUAUAAAGAAGAUAAACAAAAUAAAAUUGAUGAAGAUCCUUCUAUAGAUCUUACAGUUAUAAUUAGAGAUUUUGAAGAUUCUAAAACCUAUGCUGGAGAUGUACCGAAAAUUGAAAUAAUUGAAAAUGACACAUCUAUUACAAAUCCUGAAAUAAAAUUUAACACAAAUAAUACUUCAGGUGAAAAGCAACAAGAAAUCUCAGUGAAAAUACCUGCAUCUAUUCAAAAUUCAACAUUAACUCACGAAAUUAUUAAAAUAACCAUUAUUAAUGAAGAAAAUUCAAGUGCAAUUCCAGCUAUAUUUGAAGUAAGUACUAAAAUGCCAGACUUUAAUAAAGACUAUGAGAAUAAAUCAACGACCCCAGCUGAACAAUUAGUUACAGUAAAUAAGGUAUCCAAUCCCAAGAAUCAAAUUAAUAAAACUUUAAAUAAUAAGUCUUCUUUCAACAUUACAAAUGUUCAAGAAACCACUAUCACUAUACCAGCAAGUGAAUCUGUAACACUGUCGACUAUGAAAGAUAAAAUAUAUGCUCAAACUACAGAGAAUUCUUCACCUACUACGAGUGAGGUUAUAACCUCAACUGAAUCUCAAAUUAUUACUACAACUUCAGAAAAAAAUUAUACACACGGUACAAAUAACAAUACUUCAGAAGAUACUACUAUAACGAGCAUGUCCGAAGCGACAACAAAAGAGAUUGAUGUUGAAGUUACGGAAACUUCAGAAUUUGAGCAUAAUACAACAGACACAUCAGAAACUAUUGACGAUUUCCAAUCGCCCCUGCUUUCUGCUGCUAAUGAACCAUUACAUCGACCAAAUAGAUCAAGAAGACCACAACAACCAUUAAAUCGCAUAAAUAAAUUCAAUCCAUUCCGUAUCUUAGGAUAGAUCCGUCAACAUGUGUAUAAUAACUUCGACUGCCAUAUAUGAAAUUCAAAUUUAAUGACUGAAAAUUCAAAAGUAUCAAAUGGCUCAUAUACAUUUUAAUUUUAUGAUUAAAGUACUUAUUUUAUUUUACGAAAAAUUAAACUUACUUCGGUAAUAUAAUUAUUUAUUUUCAAUUGUGGCGCCAAAUAUAAGUCUUUAAAGGCAAGUCUUUUAAGGCAAGUAUUAAUUUAUUAUUAUAUAUUGUAAACAUUUAAAAUCACAGCAAAAUAAAUUCAAUGGGCCACGAUUGAAUUAAAAUCUCUAGGUGUAGAUUUAAUAUUAUAAUUGCAAUUGUAUUUGUGAAAACACGGUGCACUUAGUCGAGUCCCGAUUUGUGUUGUCAGAUUAUAUAGACUAUUAUUAUAUAUACACUAAUAGUUAUGUUAUUCAUGCACAAUUGAAUUGGUAUAUAAUUAUUAAAAAGUAGCUAGAUGUUGAUUUUCAAUUAAUAUCAAUUUUAUGAGCUUGUUUUAAAUUACUUUAGCAAUUAGGAUAGUCAAAAAUAAUAGUCAGAUGUAACUUAGUCAAUUCAUAUAUUUGGAAUAUAUAGCAUAGCUAUAUCUUAAUGUUUUACUUUAGAUCUAUUUAAAAUUAAGUUGUAUCGGAUAAUUAAACUGACUUUUACAUGUUUGCCAAAUACAAUCUUUCGGGUACAUAUAGAAUUAGAUACUACCCUGUAUAAAUAUUAUCAUCUGAAAUUACUUGGUAAUAGGUACAUACAUAGAAAAUAGAUCAUGGUCAAAGGAAAAUCGUAGUAGUUAACGAAUCACGAACCAUAUCAUGUAGAAUUAAGGAAUUUAGUAUAUAGGAAAUUAUUUUUUUGAGAUAUAAAUUUUGGAAGCUACCUUUAAAGAGCACAGGUAAAUUCAAUAAUGUGAAUAACGACUACAUGUCCCGGUACCCUAAAUAUAAACGACAAUAUUUAAAUUCACGAUUACAGGGUCCACCAGGAAAUGUUUCCGAAAUUUCUGAGCCGAACGAAAUAUAAAUUUGAUGUUAAAAUUACAUAAUACAUACCGUUUAAAAUAAUAAUGUUAAAAUAUCUUUUCUUUGGACGUUUAUGGUAGGACUUAUGAGGAACGAAAUGUUAACCUCCAUUUAUUGGGCUGAAUUCGGUAUGAACAAGAACACGAAAAUGAGUCCGAAAAUUCGGAAUUUCUUUUCAAGCUAGACCCUUAGCCUUAACGCGAAGCGAUUACAGACAAAUAGUUUCUAGAUACCUAAUUUUUAUUGCCGAUUUUUCGGCGUGGUUGCACUACGUCGUGGUCAAGUCCCAACUGUAAAUUAAAAUUUGUAAACAACACAAAGCUUUAAAAUUAACUCAAAACAAUGUUACUUUAGAGACAUGUAGUCGAUAUACUAAUUAUAUGUUUUUUUUAUUAUUUGUCAUUAAUGUAGCAAAUAUACAUCAUAAGGAUUUUAUAAAUAAAAUUUAAAAUUAAA